UUUUUACGUCUACGACUUUUCAAGUUUGAAGGUACCACAAAACUUGAGUUCCUGAGAAAUCUUUACGAACCAAAGAACUAUUUCGUGGGGUGGACGAACUUGGUGGGAUGGAGGGAGAGGCGGAGAUUGAUCGGUUGCCAAUAGACCUCUUGGCUCAUAUAUUUGUUCUCAUCACCUCCUUCACUGAUUUAGCCCAGGCAAGCGGUGUUUGCCGGAAAUGGAAACAGGCGGUGAAGCAGUCUUUGGGGCGGAGGGAGAGUUUGAGCUUUGCUGGUUGGAAGAUGGACGAUGACUCCACCGCCCGUUUGCUCCGCUCUGCUUACAGCCUCAAAGAGCUCGACAUUUCAAGGCGUCGUUGGGGUUGCCAGAUAACCGACACUGGAUUGUACAGAAUAUCUAUGGCAAAGUGUAUCAGCAACUUAACAUCCAUAUCGCUAUGGGGCAUCACAGGGAUCACAGAUAAAGGUGUUGUUCAACUGAUAUCAAGAGCUAAUUCCUUGCACCACCUGAAUAUCGGUGGCACAUUUAUCACAGAUGACUCGUUAUAUGCCAUUGCUCAUAGCUGUCCGCAUUUGAAGACUAUCAUCCUGUGGAGCUGCCGUCAUGUAACCGAGAACGGCCUCUUUGUUCUAGUAAACUGUUGCCGCAAGCUUGAAUCCAUCAAUGUAUGGGGGACGAGAGUUCCUGUAGACUGCUUCAUUGCUUUGCUUACUAUCAGUCCGGCACUAAAGAUAAAACCCAGAGGACUGUCGUUAAGUGUGGACGCUUCGAUGUUGCCCAUCGCAUAAGCCGCCUUUUCGUAUAAGUUCUUUCUACAUUGCCAUUAAAUGUUGAUGCUUCUAUGUUUCCCGAUGUAUAAGCCGACCAUUCAUACAAGUUCUUUCGACAUUGCUGUAUGUAUUUUUCGUUGUGCAGCUCAACGCCCUCGAUGUGGGAGGUUGAGGCUAAAUUAUCAGCUCAAUACUCUUGUUCCGUAUAUAAUUCCUAUGAAUUACAGCCACCUAUAUUCUUU